AUGGCCCCCAAGAAAGCCGCCAAGCCCGCUGGAGAGACCGCCACCGUACGUUGUUGCUGAAAUACAUGGGAGGACGAGGAUCUUUCUCCGGGAACCCCGUAACGUGAGCUGCGAGCUGACCCCUCCCCCCUCUCUACCGCCUAUGGGCUUUUUUUCCUCGCCUCGUCUCGGCUCGCGGCCGUAUGUGUGUACGGUGGUUCGUUCGUCAUCCCGUAGACCUCGUUGGGCCCCAACCUCAAGGAGGGUGAACUUUGCUUCGGUGUUGCCCACAUCUUUGGUCAGUCAGAGCAAUACCACCACGUGCUAGCGUCUACAGAGCUCCAAGCUGACGCUCCCCUGCCCCGCCCUGAAUGCGUCCUCUGCCUGUGCUCGCUCGUGCCUACUGUCCCCGUAACCCGUAACCCGUAACCCGUCUCGCCUACGCCCUGCUCGACCCGUGAACCAACAGCCUCGUUCAACGACACUUUCGUCCAUGUAACCGAUCUUUCGGGCAAGGAAACCAUCGCUCGUGUCACUGGUGAGUUGUCGUCAUCCAUGUUUCCCGUCCCCAGCCAGCCAGCCCGCCAGCCCGUGCAGAGGCCGGCUUGGCCUUACGCGCGUGCCUGCUUGCGGAGGGGAGCAGCCGGACUUUUGAGCCGAGCUGCUUGCUGCAUCGCGAAACACGACUGCCCCAUCGAAGCCGGCGAUCCGAUCAAGUCGCGCCAAGAUCAGAACACACGACUGACGCAGCACCCCUUGUCUCUCACAGGUGGUAUGAAGGUCAAGGCCGAUCGUGACGAGUCGUCCCCCUACGCCGCCAUGUUGGCCGCGCAGGACGUCGCCGUCCGUUGCCGCGAGAUCGGCAUCACGGCCUUGCACAUCAAGAUCCGUGCGACCGGUGGUGUCGGAACCAAGACCCCCGGCCCCGGUGCCCAGUCCGCCCUCCGCGCCUUGGCCCGUGCCGGUAUGAGGAUCGGUAGGAUCGAGGACGUCACCCCCGUCCCCACCGACUCGACCAGGAGAAAGGGUGGUCGUCGCGGUCGUCGUUUGUAA